CAAUGUCUUCGUUCCCCCUUUUUAAGCGACCCCCCCACCCCUCGCCCCCCACCCCAUUUCCAUUUCCCUUCUUCUUCUUCUUCUUCUUCUUCUUCCACUCUCUUCGCCUUCUGUCGCCAUGGAUGGCUCCUCCGAUCCGAACCCAGGGGCCCAUGUCCAAGUCCCGGUCUACUCCACCGGGGUAGAGGUGCUGGAGAAGCUGAAAGAACAAUGGGGAUCUGGGAGGAAACAGGCAUACCCAGCGAUGUACUCUAGCGUCAUUGGUGCGAUCAUACUUGAUCCAGCCAUGAUGGUUAUUCCAAUUGAUGAUCACAUGGUUCACAGAGGACACGGUGUUUUUGAUACUGCUAUGCUCAUGGAUGGCUACUUGUACGAGCUCGAUGCACAUUUGGACCGGUUCCUGAGGUCGUCAUCGAAAGCAAAGAUCACUCCACCUUUUCCUCGCGAAACUCUACGAACGAUACUCAUCCAGAUGACAGCUGCAUCAAAGUGCAAGAAAGGCUCGAUCAGAUACUGGCUGAGCGCGGGCCCUGGUGAUUUCUUGCUUUCACCCAAAGGCUGCCCUAAAGCCGCAUUCUAUGGUGUCGUCAUAGGCGAUGACUACUCUCAGUGCAAAGAAGGCGUGAAGGUUGUUACAUCCAACACCCCGAUGAAACCUCCUAUGUUUGCAACAAUGAAGAACGUAAACUACCUCCCAAAUGUUCUCGCUGUAAUGGAAGCGGAAGAGAAAGGCGCAUUUGCUUCAAUAUGGGUCGAUGAGCAAGGGUAUAUUGCAGAGGGGCCUAAUGUAAAUGUCGCAUUUAUCAGCAAAAGCCGGGAUUUGGUGCUUCCUUCAUUCGAUAAAAUCCUGAGCGGAUGUACUGCAAAGAGGCUACUGGCCUUAGCACCAAAAUUGGUUGAGAAGGGCCUUCUUAAGAGUGUGAGCACCGCGAAUAUCACUCUGAAUGAAGCAAAGGAGUCAGCCCAGAUGAUGUUUGUGGGAAGUGGGCUUCCUAUAUUACCUAUUAUUGAAUGGGAUGGUCAGCCCAUUGGAGAUGGAAAAGUGGGGAAACUAACACUCGCGCUCUCUGAUUUGCUUUGGGAGGACCUGAGGGAAGGUCCAGAAAGGGUUCGUGUUCCUUACGAAUGAGGAGGAUGUUGUUAAAGAACUGUAUUAUCGUGAUUUACUUUGCAUAAAAGGAUUAUUCCUAUGUUUAAUUUCUUGUGCUAUUCCCUAUUUGACUCUGGAGUGCAAUCAAUAUUAGCAGUUAUUUACUGUGUAUUUUUCAGAAAGGCUGGUGACUCUUCCGUGUUCCAGUUUGUGCUUUUUAUAUAUUUAUGUAGUGAAUGCAAGUUCCCAGGGUUAAUUCA